AAGCCGGAUAAAACGUAUGAAUAUGAAGCAAAAGUGAGAUUAAUGGUUUGGACCCAUGUUCCCCCUUGAACGGUACUAUGUCCACGCUUUUGCUCUCAACUUCUGCUUCCAAUUUCUGCAUUCCAUUAUCUCCAUUUUCUCAACAACAUCGAAUCACUAUCCUCGUACACUACACUAAACAUAAGCCACUCCGAAACCAUUUCAUUGUCUUUUCACUCUCCGCCACGUCAUCAACAAAAGAUGUCUGGAGAAAAACAACACUUAAAACGCCGCCAUUUUCGUCUUCUAACCAUCGACCGUACCGGCGAAAACAGCAGUCAAAUACGUACUUGGACCACAGCGUUGACAUGGAUGAUUUAUUGUCAUCAAUUGGACAGACAACUAAUGAACACGAACUGUUUGCGUUAAUGUCGCCUUAUAAAAACCGAAAUCUUUCAAUGCGGUUCAUGGUCACGCUUCUUUCACGUGAGUCUGACUGGCAACGCUCGUUAGCUUUGCUUGAUUGGAUUAAUGAAGUGGCGCUUUAUACUCCCUCUGUGUUUGCGUACAAUGUUGCUUUGCGUAAUGUAUUACGUGCGAAGCAGUGGGGUCUUGCAUAUGGACUGUUUGAUGAAAUGCGUCAAAGAGCUUUGUCACCUGAUAGGUACACUUAUUCCACUCUUAUUACCCAUUUUGGUAAAGAGGGGUUGUUUGAUGAUGCUUUAUCUUGGCUUCAAAAGAUGGAACAGGAUCAUGUUAGUGGUGAUCUUGUUUUGUAUAGUAAUUUGAUCGAAUUGUCAAGAAAGCUGUGUGAUUAUUCUAAGGCGAUUUCGAUUUUUUCUAGACUGAAAAGCUCAGGGAUUACUCCUGAUCUUGUUGCUUAUAAUACCAUGAUUAAUGUGUUUGGAAAAGCAAAGCUUUUUCGCGAAGCGAGAUUGUUAGUCAAAGAGAUGAGGUCAGUGGGCGUUAUGCCGGAUACAGUAAGUUACUCGACGCUCUUGACUAUGUAUGUUGAGAACCAAAAGUUUCUGGAGGCGCUAUCGGUUUUCUCCGAGAUGAAUGAGGUGAAGUGCCCUCUUGAUCUCACAACUUGUAAUAUAAUGAUUGAUGUUUAUGGACAGCUUGAUAUGGCAAAAGAGGCAGAUAGAUUGUUUUGGAGUAUGAGGAAAAUGGGAAUUGAACCAAAUGUUGUCAGCUACAAUACUCUUUUGAGGGUUUAUGGUGAGGCUGAGCUUUUCGGGGAAGCUAUACAUUUGUUUCGAUUGAUGCAGAGGAAAAGUAUUGAACAAAAUGUUGUGACUUACAACACAAUGAUUAAGAUUUAUGGGAAGACAUUGGAGCAUGAGAAAGCUAACAAUCUGAUUCAAGAAAUGCAGAACAUAGGAAUUGAGCCCAAUGCCAUUACCUACUCGACCAUAAUAUCUAUAUGGGGUAAAGUGGGAAAAUUAGAUCGAGCAGCUAUUUUAUUCCAGAAGCUUAGGAGUUCUGGAGUUGAAAUUGAUCAGGUUCUAUAUCAGACGAUGAUUGUAGCAUACGAGAGAGCUGGUUUGGUUGCGCAUGCUAAACGUUUGUUGCAUGAGUUGAAGCGCCCCGACAAUAUUCCUAGAGAAACUGCAAUAGCGAUUCUUGCCAGAUCUGGACGAAUAGAGGAAGCUACAUGGGUGUUCAGACAAGCUUUUGAUGCUGGAGAGUUGAAGGAUAUUGCAGUUUUUGAGUGUAUGAUAGAGUUAUAUUCCAGAAAUAGGAAGUACACUAAUCUCAUAGAGGUAUUCGAGAAGAUGAAGGGAGCAGGAUAUUUUCCUAAUUCUAAUGUGAUUGCUUUAGUCCUUAAUGCUUAUGGGAAGUUGCAGGAGUUUGAAAAGGCAGACAUGGUAUAUAAAGAGAUGCAAGAAGAGGGAUGCGUUUUCUCGGAUGAAGUUCACUUUCAAAUGCUAAGUCUUUAUGGUGCUAGAAGGAAUUACGAGAUGGUCGAGACAUUGUAUGAGAAACUGGACACCAAUCCUAAUGUUAACAAGAAAGAGUUGCAUCUAGUUGUUGCUGGCAUUUAUGAAAGAGCAAAUAGAGUGAACGAUGCAGCUAGAAUUGUAAAUCGGAUGACUUAUAGAGGCACUAUGUGAUCUUAACUCUUGUAUGCUUGAAAGUAAGUAAUAUUUGUUGUUUCAGCUGUAGAUAUUUUGAAAUAUUAAUUCUUGUCAUAUG